CGUCCCGGCAUGCCUCGCGCGCGGCCCGCGGGGCGGGCUCUCCUCACACAAAGGCGCAGCGCUGGGAAAAUGGCGGCUACAGCGGCGGUCGGGGCGGCCACGGAGAACGCCGGCGGCAAAGUAGAGGCACCCGCGGCUGCCGCGGCGACAGCGGCGGCUCCGCAACCACCUAACGGGGCCGGGGGUGCUGUGGGGCCGCCCCCUAAGAGUGAAGGUGAACGACCAAGCCAAAAUGAAAAAAGGAAAGAGAAAAGUGUCAAAAGAGGAGGAAAUCGCUUUGAGCCAUAUGCUAAUCCUGCUAAGAGAUACCGAGCUUUUAUUACAAAUAUUCCCUUUGAUGUGAAGUGGCAGUCUCUGAAAGACCUGGUCAAAGAGAAAGUUGGUGAGGUAACAUACGUGGAGCUCUUAAUGGACGCUGAAGGAAAGUCAAGGGUAAGUGUUUGAGAGCUUUCUUCUGUGGAUUUUCUACAUGCCAAAUGUAACUGUAUGGUGGCGUCAGGAAGGUAGAGAGUGUGUAUGGUUAGUGGCUACACCAUAGGGCUGCUUAAAGCUGCUUUUGGGGUGGGUGGAGGUGGGAUGGGGCCUCGUAACCAGCGUUAGGGUGGUUUUCCACUGUGUUCAGUUGGCGUUGGCUGUUUGAAUGACCCAGGGACCCUAGCAGUAUGUAUAGUGUUAUGGAAUGUAAUGUAAUCCUUGCGUUUUGGAUAACGUCACUGUAGUGGUUUGCUGAAUUUGGAAGGCUAGUGUGCAAGAGCAGGUUCUGUAAGUACACUUCCUGUGCCAGGAAGUUAGUUCCUGUGCAUAAAUGUAUAGUGCCUUCAUAGGUCCUUUAGUCCAGUGACAGUAUCUCACAGGGAAAAACCCACUAGGAGCACACUUACUGUUGAAGGAGAUGGAUUUAGGGUGAGAGAAUAUGCUGAGGGCUUUGCUGGAUGCCAGGGAAGAUCAGGUCACGUGAAGCGUGUGGUAUUCUUCUUGGAGAAUCGGGACUUAGUUCUGUUUGUUCCAACUUCAGAAUCGACAGUUUAACCCCAUUAACACAAAUUAUAUCUUAUGGAAUUCAAGUAUUGGAGGCUUUAUUGCGUAAGAUUAUGUUUGGUUUUGCUACUAGGGCUGACUAAUGUGAUUUGACUUUAAAGCAAAGUAAAUGAGUUGUGUAUGUUGUGCUUUUACUGACUUGAUUUCUUCUUUCUUCCCUCCUCCCUGUGAAAUCGCCUGUGAAAUC